UAAUUUCUGCCAAUCCAGAUGUACUGCUAGCAUUAGGAAAAGAAGAGUUGAAGAAAGUAAAGAAUGAUCUUGAAAUGGUGCUGUCAAGACUUAAGUUAAAGAAUGAACAACUGGAAGAAGAUCUGAGAAGAGAACAGCAGUGGUAUGAGCAACAGGAGCAGCUACUAGAUACUUUUAAUAGAAUUGAAGAAGAGAUGAAACACCAAGGUCAAGAACAUUCCAGAAAAAGUUUGAAUAUUAGAGUGUUUAAUGAACUGCAACAGCAAAAGUUGGAACUAGACGUAUAUAAGGAAAAAAUCUUGAAUGAUCUGGGUGAAUUUCUAGAAGAAUAUUUUCCCUUUCCAAAUGAACAUGAAAGCUCUAAAAUGAAGAAUUCCGGAAAGCCAGAUGUAAGACUGGGAACAGUACAUGAAACUUUAGAGAUUCUUAUAAACAAAUUAAUAAGCACACCACAUGAACCCUAUGUAGAAAUCACAGACUCAUUUUGGCCACCUUAUGUUGAGCUGCUGCUGCGAUAUGGGAUUGCCCUGAGACAUCCAGAAGAUCCAAACAGAAUACGCCUAGAAGCCUUUCACUUGUAG